AUGGGUUCUUGUUUCAGCAAGAACAACACCACUGCUGCUCUUACGACUACUUCCCAACAAUUGGAGCUCAAAUCCAACCCUCCACAACCCCAGAAUCCGAAGACCGAACAAGUUGUCAAGAAGGAGAUAUUCGUCAUCAAGCACCGAAUAAGUCACGAAAUCGACAGACGCCCAAAUGAAGACGACCCUAAUCUGUUAAACCCUAGUGCCGUUGCCGGAACUGGUGGAGGAGCUAGGGUCAGAACUUCUAGCUGUAGUAAAGAAGAGGUGGAUGCGAUUCUGAUUCAAUGUGGCAGGCUUAGCCGGAGCAAUUCCGCCGGAGCUGAAAACCCUAGACGAAGGAGGAGGUAUUCUGGGUCUAAAAGGAGUUUCGAUUUUGAUUUGAAUAUGGGUUUGAAGAAUGAUGAUGACGAUGGUGAUGAUGAGGCAUUGAACCACCACCACCGCCGCCGGCACAGGCAGCAGGGUUCUAGGGUUUCGUCUCCUUCUUCUAGAAGAAGCAGUAGGGAGAGAGAUUUCCGGCAACAAAGAUCUGGUAAUGGUGGAAGGAGAAUAAGCAUAUCUCCCAGUAGAAGAUCUGAAUCACCCAUUUGUAGUAAUUCAAAUGGUGGGCCAGCUGCGGCAGCGGCCGGUGGUGGUAGCACUAGGCCGAUGAAGAUGGUUCCGGUUCCUGCUACUGAUAAGAGUAACAAUGUUGGUGGCAACGCUGGCAGCGAACAGGUGGUUGGUGGUGGAGUUAAGAGGAUUCACGUGAAGCGAAAUGUAGCUGUGGUUUCCAGAACUGCAGCGUCUCCUCCGCGUUCUAGAUCUCCGGUGAGGACAAACCUCCGGAUUCUCAGUGACGAUCAGAGCCAAGAACAAUGGCGGCAGGAAAUAAAUACGAGGGUGGCUGGUCAUUCGCCUUAUAAACGGAAAUCAUUGGCGGAGAUUGAUAACAAUGCAGCUAGAUCCGUUCAGGCUAAAAUGGUGGAUGAGGCUAAAAUGGUGGCAAUGGUUGAAAAUCUAAAGCUUCAUCAAAACAUAAAAAGAACCCAGAUUUCCCGGCGAUCGGAAGACCUAGAUAUGAACCCAGAAACGAUAUUUGACCCUAGUCCACCGUCUUACACUAGUUUGCUUCUUGAGGAUAUCCACAACUUUCACCAAAAGAACACGAAUUCAGCUGCCAUAGCUGCCGCCACUGAACCACCACCAUUCUCCCUUCCAGCAUGCGUUAGUAAGGCCUGCUCGAUUAUGGAGGCUGUGGCUGACCUCAACUCCAACUCCAACACCGCCACCACCAGCUCUUUGUUUUCUGACGACAGCUGGAGAAACCCAACUCCCAUUGAACGUUAUAUCAACAAAGACAGAUUUAUAGAAUCUGAGACGGUGGUUAACGGCAGCUUGAUGGAACCAAGCCUUCAGAAUUACAUAACGGUGAGGAGGGGUGGUUCCGCUACUACAGAAGAGCAAGAAUCCUCCGAUAGCAAUAGCUUUGCCAGUAGCCAACGUUUGAGCCGGAAAUCUCCUUCCGUGGAACCAAAUUCAGCCAAUCUCACAACCCGAAAGUGCGAAAUGAACCCGUUAGGGGAUUUUCAAAGCAAAUUACUUGAUCGUCCUAGGAAGGGAAUAGGACGUGGUCGUAAAAGUGCCUACCCAACGCCCGAAAUAACAACCAUUGCGUCAACGUAAACGAUAAGCACAU